AUGCCAGAAGUCUCUUACCUUAACAAACGAAAUACAAUCUCUGCAGCAAUUAAUGAGUUAAACAGUUAUCCUGUUGGCACUAAAUGCCUAAGUGUAAAUCGUGCAGUGAGAAACUUUGGGCUUUCUGAAGCUACUCUUCAAUGUGCAAUCAAGAAAGGUGGCUCUUCAAAUCAUUGGGGUCCAUCUACAAUUCUUACAGAACAUGAGAAAAACCAACUUGUUGGAUAUUGCAUGAACAUGCAACAGCUUGGAUUUGGUUUAACUAAGUCUGGAGUAAACCAUUGUGUAAUGAAAAUAAUUCAUUACAAUAAACGACCAUAUCCAUUCAGAGAUAAAGGUCCAGGUCGAGACUGGUGGACUCGUUUCAUGAGACAACAUCCUGAAUUAUCAUUUCGCACCUCUCAAGAAUUAUCUAAAGCUAGCGCACAAAGAGCCAAUCCAAUAAUCGUUAAAAACUAUUUUAAUAAACUUGAACAAAUAAUUAACGAAAAUUUACUUACAGCAACACAAAUUUGGAAUAUAGAUGAAACCGGGUUCGUUCUUGUACCUAAGCUAGAAAAAGUUAUUGCAAAAAAGGGCUCGUGUCAGGUCCAUAAAGUUGCACAUAGUAACUCUCAUGAGCAUAUUUCAGUUGUACUAACAAUCUCGGCCACCAGCUUGUACAUUCCACCUUUAGUUAUCUAUAAAUUAAUGUCAGAAAAUAAGAUGCUUAAAAAUGAAAUUGAAUCACUAAAAGUUCAAUUUACAGUAACCCAAGAGGAAUUAGGAACCUAUAAAAGUCCCAGAACAAGUUCUUUAUGUUCGGUUUUCAAGUACAUCCCUCAUGUUCUGCAAGCUGGACCUUUGAAUACUUCUUUAGUAAACCAACAAGAGCCUGGUCCCUUCUCUAAAAAAAGAAAGAUGCUUCUAUUUGCACAACUUCUUACUAAUGAUGAAAGUUGGGGGAAGUUGAAAGAGACAAAUGAAGAAGCAGAAAGGAAAGUUGAAGAGGUGAAACGAAAAAAAGUAUUGGCAGCCCAGAAAAAAAUCGAACGACAGCAAAAAUUAAAACAAAAAAAGGAAGAGCGUGAGCAAAAAAAACGAGAAAAAGAUGUGCAUAAAA